AUGGGCAGAAAUAUUAUAGCAUUAGACGAUCCAACGAUAAAUAACAUUGGAGUAUUUAAAAAAAUAAAUGAGGUUUCUUUACCAACUAUUUAUCCAGAAUCAUGGUAUAAAUCUAGUCUAGAAUCAAAUGAAUAUCUUGUACAAUUAGCAUAUUACGCAGAAUUACCAGUUGGAGCAAUAAAAGCAAAAACUUUUAGUAAUAAUUCAAUAAAAUCAACAUAUCAAGAAUCAAUCAAUUCAUCCAUAUUACAAAAAACUCCAAAUUGUGUAUAUAUAGAAAGUUUUGCAGUUUUAAAAAAAUAUAGAAAUUUAGGUAUUGGAUCUGAAUUAUUAAAUUGGAUUAUUGAAGAAACUAAAAAAAGAUUUAUUCAUGAAAUUUUAAUUCAUGUACAUGUAAAUAAUGAAUAUGCUUUGCAAUGGUAUAAGAAAAAGGGAUUUAUACAGGAUGAAAAUAUAGUGAAAGAUUAUUAUAAGGAACAAGGAUUAGAGAAUCCUGAUGCAUAUAUUUUAAAACUUAAAGUAUAA